GAAGCCCAAGAAAAGCAGUCACAUCCACUAUUCCCAACUUUUUCCUAGCUUAGCUUUAUAAGAAGCAUAUCUUCCAAUUCACAAUUCCCCACCAAUGCACUGUCGUGAUCUGCUCUGCUUCUGUGCUUGAUUGCUUAAGAGUUAGUAACCUCAGCUCAAUCUAGCUCCCAGUUCCACAAAUUAAAUUUGGUGUUCUUAUGGAUCAUCAUCUCUCGAACGAUCAUAAAGAUAUGGAGAAAAAUGACAAGGACGUUAUUGUACCUCAAGUUAGCUUUGGUGGAUUUGACCAAAGCAUCACUGCACUAGACCUCACUGAUUUCAUAGAAAAUGAAAUUGGAGGGGUAUGGAGAUGUAGGCUGAAGACAUCUUGGACACCUCCAGGGUCCUACCCAGACUUCAACAUCACAAACAUGGAGGCGGUUCGAAGAAAAGAUUACUACAAGAAGGUGGUACCUCACGCCUUCGUGCAUUUUAUAUCUCAUGAAGCAAGAAUGGCAGCACACAAUGCUGCUGAGCGUUCUGAGCUUUUUCUGAACCAUCGCCCUCUGAAGGUGAGUUUGGGACCUGAGAGCCCAUAUCACAUUAAUCAGAGGAGGAGGAAUAUACGUCCUUUCAAGAUUCCUGCCUGUGUUGAGAUUGGAUCUCUCGUUAGCACAAAUGAAUUCCUAGUUGGCUGGAAAGGACCCACUUAUGGAGUUACCUUCCUUGUUGAUCCUUUUGAUGCCACCUGCAGGAUCCAAUUUUCAAAGGAUGUCCCUUUCUCAUUUGAAGGCACAAGGAGACAUGCGGUGAUUAAAUGUGACUUCAAUGUGCAGUUUUUGGCGAGAAAUAUCAAUUAUUUCAGACAAUACACAGACAUGUAUUCAAAAAUAAUUUUGCUGCAGCUUGAUUCAUCUCCUCAUCUCUACUAUAGAACUGCUGAUGAUGACAUUUAUGACACAGUUCCAAUUGAUAUGUUGGACGAUGAGGAUCCUUGGAUCAGGACUACAGAUUUUACUCCUAGCAGAGUGUUUGGCAGGUGCAGUUCUUACAGGAUCUCGGUCCCAGCCCGUUUUGGAUUGAGAUUGGAGAAGGCCAUGCAUUAUCUAAGGGAACAGAUGGUACCGGAAUAUCCUAGACAGCGUCUAAGGAUCCAAGAUGAACCCAAUUUUGAGAGGCAAAUUGCAGUUCACUUCUCCUGUGUUCAAGACAAGGAAGGAAUUAGCUUCGAUACAAUGUUUUUGGUGAAUGCUGUAAUUCAUAAAGGUAUCAUCAACCAACAACUGUUGUUGGAUGAGUUCUUCGAAUUGCUAAGAUGUCAGCCAAGGGAGGUGAAUGUUACAGCAUUAAGGCAUAUAUACUCUUAUAAGCAUCCAGUGUUUGAUGCGUGCAAGAGGCUGAAAGCUGUCCAAGAAUGGUUGAAGAAGAACCCUAAGCUUCUCAUGAGCUCUUGGGUUUCAGAUGAUAAUGUUGAAGUGAGGCGAUUAGUUAUAACUCCAACCAAAGCUUACUGUCUUCCUCCAGAGGUGGAACUUUCUAACCGGGUUCUUAGGAAAUACAAAGAGAAAGGUGACAGGUUCUUAAGGGUAGCCUUCAUGGAUGAAGGAUUCCAGCAGCUGAAUUCUAGUGUUCUAUCCUAUAGCGUUGCUCCUAUUGUUUGGGACAUCACAUCAAAGUCCUACAAGCAGAAUACCGCAGUUUAUCAAAGGAUAGAGACCAUUAUGAAUAAAGGGUUUUAUUUGUGUGGUCGGAAGUAUUCCUUUCUGGCCUAUUCAUCUAAUCAAUUGAGAGACUGUUCUGCCUGGUUUUUUGCUGAAGAAGAAAACGUAAGGGUGACAGAUAUCCUGAAUUGGAUGGGGAGGUUCAAAGAUAGGAAUGUUGCAAAGUGUGCAGCUAGGAUGGGUCAGUGUUUCUCAUCCACCUAUGCCACAGUUGAUGUUCCACUAAAGAAUGUCAACAUGAACUUUCCAGAUAUAAGGAGGAAUGGAUAUGUCUUUUCUGAUGGCAUUGGCAUAAUAACCCCUCAACUAGCAAUGGAAGUUGCAGAGAAAUUGCAACUUACAGUAAAUCCUCCUUCUGCCUAUCAGAUCAGGUAUGCUGGCUGCAAGGGAGUAAUCACUUGUUGGCAAAGAAAAGAUGAUGGGAUCCUCCUCUCUCUAAGACGGAGCAUGAAUAAAUUUGAUUCUAUGCACACAAUCCUGGAGGUCAUAGCAUGGACUCGGUUCCAACCAGGGUUCUUAAACAGGCAGAUUAUAACUCUGCUUUCUGCCUUGGAUGUCCCAGAUGAAAUGUUCUCAAGAAUGCAAGUAACCAUGAUCUCUAAACUGAACCAGAUGAUGGAGAACAAUGAAGUAGCUUUUGAUGUCCUCAUCUCAUCAUGUGGUGAGCAAGGAAAUACCGCAGCGAUUCUGCUGUGUGCUGGUUUCAAGCCUCAGACAGAACCUCAUCUUAAAGGGAUGUUAUCUUGCAUAAGAGCAGCCCACAUGGGAGACCUUUUGGAGAGGGCUAGAAUUUUUGUUCCUAAAGGACGAUGGAUGAUGGGGUGUUUAGAUGAAUUAGGGGUACUUGAGCAUGGACAAUGUUUCAUCCAAGUCUCAACACCUUCACCUCAGAACUAUUUUUCAAAACAUGGAUCCAGAUUUUCUCAGACGAAGAAUGUAGAAGUAAUCAAGGGCAUUGUAGCCAUAGCUAAGAAUCCUUGUCUUCAUCCAGGAGAUAUUCGGAUUCUGGAAGCUGUAGAUGUGCCUGAUUUGGACCAUCUUGUUGAUUGUUUGGUUUUCCCUCAAAAGGGUGAAAGGCCACAUACAAAUGAAGCAUCUGGAAGUGACCUUGAUGGCGAUCAAUACUUUGUGACUUGGGAAGAAACUCUCAUACCCCCAAGCAAGAAGAGUUGGCCACCAAUGGACUAUGACUCUGUACAAGCCAAAAAUUUGCGACGCCCCAUCUAUCACCAGGACAUAAUUAACUUUUUCAUGGAGUCCAUGGUGACGGCAGAACUAGGCAAGAUCUGCAAUGCUCAUGUGGUUCAUGCAGACCUGAGUAAAGAUGGAGCCUUAGAUGGGAAAUGCCUUGAACUAGCAGAGCUUGCGGCCACAGCAGUAGACUUCCCGAAGACCGGAAAGCUUGUUAGCUUGCCCCACCCACUAAAACCAAAAAUUUAUCCAGACUUCAUGGGCAAGGGUGAGAACAUGUCAUACAAGUCGGAAAAGAUCUUGGGAAGACUAUAUCGCGAUAUCCUAGAUGCUCCCGAUGAAGAAAUGGCAGCAAAUUCAGAGCUGAAACCUGAAGACAUUCCUUUUGAUCCAGAUCUUGACAUUCCAGGUUCUGCAGGCUUUGUCAUCAAUGCCUGGAAUCAGAAGUGCAUGUAUGAUGGGCACCUGAGGGCUCUUCUAGCCCAGUACAGCGUUAACCGGGGGGAAGAGGUGGUUACAGGACACAUAUGGUCCAUGCCAAAGAGCAAGAAGCAACGGCAGCUGAAAGAGAGGCUCAAUGGUGCCUACAAUGCACUCAGAAAGGAAUUUAGAUGUGUUUUUGAGAACAUGGAUGAGGACUUCCAACAACAUACUGAUGAUGAGAAGAAUGCCAUGUAUGAACAGAAGGCAUCAGCAUGGUACCAGGUGACUUACCACCCUGAGUGGGUGAUGAAAUCCCAGGAAUUGAAUGACCCUGAAGUCACUGGCAACACACAAGCAAUGCUUAGCUUUGCUUGGAUUCCUGCUGAUUAUUUGGCCCGAAUAAAGAUUAAACAUCGAAAGGAUAACAUUGAUGUUGAUACCAGUAAGCCCAUCAAUGCGCUUUUGAGCUACAUUGCUGAUCGAAUUUGACUAGGAGUGAGGCUCUAAUCAUAAGCUAUCAGUCUCCUCUUUAGCUCCAAGGCCACUCUGCCAAUGUCUUUUGCUUUCUAGUAAUCCAAUGUGUGUCUUCUGUUUUCUAGUAUUCCAAUGUGUAAUUUUUUGCUUUCAAGUUUUCAGGUCUAGUUUGUUGUAUGGACCUUCUUAGCUGAGAUAUCUUCCUUUCUAAAUCUAUUAACAGUGUUAUGUACUUAUCUUAAAUACUAUUACAUUUAAAAGGGGUCUGGUUUUCUCCCA